AUGGUGGACGUUGCUGUAGCUGAUGUGGCCGCGGCAGUAGAAGCGGAAUCAGUUGAUGUCAACUCGCUGGUUGUCACAGUGGCCGUUGAGGUACUGCCGAUAGUGGACGUUGCUGUAGCUGAUGUGGCCGCGGCAGUAGAAGCGGAAUCAGUUGAUGUUAACUCGCUGGUUGUCACCGUGGCCGUUGAGGUACUGCCGAUAGUGGACGUCGCCGUAGCUGAUGCGGUUGUGUUACUUCCGAUUGUGGACGUCGCUGUAGCUGAUGUGGCCGCGGCAGUAGACGCGGAAUCAGUUGAUGUUGACUCGCUAGUUGUCACAGCGGCCCUUGAGUUAGUACCGGUAGUUAUUGUGACUGUGGUGGAUGUGGAAGCGGGCGAAGUUGUGACAGUGGUGUCAGCUGCGAAAGUUGCUGUUGUUACAGUACUGGUUGUCGUUGUGGUGGGUGCAGUGGUCGUUCCAGCGGCGGCAGUUAUGACGGUGCUGCUGGCUGGGGAAGUGGCCGUUGUAACCGUAGUAGUUGCCGAACCGCCCGGCAUUAUGACAGUGCUGAUUCCAGAAGCCAAUGAUGUUGCUGAAGUGGUUGUGGAUGUGGCAGGACUUGUUGAACUCAAUCCCGUUGCGGCUGCGCUUGUCAUUGGGGCAGUUGAUGUUGUGACUGUACUGGGUGUUGAAGCGGCGGAAAUUAUCCCAGUGCCGCUUGAAGAAGAAGUUCCUUCUGUGACGGUACUAGUUGUAGAGCUAUUGGGGGUUAUGAUAGUGCUGGUGUUGGUGACUGGUGUUUUCACAGUGCUUCCGGAUGUGACACGGCUCGUUGUUGAACUGAUUCCCGUUGCGACAGUGCUUGUUGUUAUAGGCGUUGAUGCUGUGACAGUACUGGUUAUCGAACCCGUACUAGUGAUGACACUGCUCGUUAUUGAACCGGUUGGAGUCAUGAUUGUGCUGGUUGAUGAACUACUUCCCGUUGUGACAGUGCUUGUUGUUACAGGCGUUGAUCUUGUGACAGUACUAGUUACCGAAGCCGUACUGGUGAUGACAGUGCUCGUUAUUGAACUGGUUGGAGUCAGGACGGUGCUGGUUGUUGAACUGAUUCCCGUUGUGAUAGUGCUGCUGGUGAUGACGGUGCUGAUCAUUGAACUGGUUGGAGUCGUGACUGUGCUGGUUGCUGAACUGAUUCCCGUUGUGACAGUGCUUGUUGUUAAAGGCGCUGAUGUUGUGACAGUACUGGUCAUCGAACCCGUACUGGUGAUGACUGUGCUGGUCAUUGAACUGGUGGGAGUCAUGAUUGUGCUGGUUAUUGAACUGAUUCCCGUUGCGACAGUGCUUGUUGUUAUAGGCGUUGAUGUUGUGACAGUACUGGUUAUCGAACCCGUACUGGUGAUGACAGUGCUCGUUAUUGAACUUGUGCUGGUUGUUGAACUGAUUCCCGUUGUGACAGUGCUUGUUGUUACAGGCGUUGAUCUUGUGACAGUACUAGUUACCGAAGCCGUACUGGUGAUGACAGUGCUCGUUAUUGAACUGGUUGGAGUCAGGACGGUGCUGGUUGUUGAACUUAUUCCCGUUGUGGCAGUGCUUGUUUUUUUAGGCGUUGAUGUUGCGACAGUACUGGUUAUCGAAGCCGUACUGGUGAUGACAGUGCUGUCUAUUGAACUGGUAGGAGUCAUGAUUGUGCUGGUUGAUGAACUAAUU